AUCGUGCCUGACUUAGUACCUAGGUAUUGAGCAUUAUAGGUACCAACCUAUCCUUCCAUAGCAAUUCAUUAUCGAUAGGGAACAGGGACUAGGAUAACGGAGCUUCCUUCUACCAAGCUGGCUGCAGUGAGUUGCCUCGACCCGCUGCCCGAAGCGCUAAGGCGAGUUUAAAGUAGUUGAUCCCGGCGACAUCAUCAAAACCUAUGUGCUACCCUAAGAAUCUCUAGACUAUUUCAUCUUUUUUAGUAUUCAUUCACUUUCUCUCACUUACGUAACAAGGCGGUGGUCUUUGUGUCUUAAGAUAGCCUGUUGGGCUCUAUACUACAUUUGUUCUGUCAGAUGUCUAUAGGCUCGCGCUCUUAGUUCAAUACUAACUCUUGAUUUGGAUCGCCGGAGCUCUUCCUCGGCUUAUCUCUCUUGUCACGGCGAAGAUAUAAGACAUAGUCCACGACGAGGGACCCUCACACAUUUCCACUCCUUUCAUCCUAGGUCUUGUGACCGAUUUCUUCUUUCGCCGAUAUUCCCAUCCACCCAUUCGAAUCCCAAUGUCUUCGCCGCCUUGGGACUACAUCGCCAAGCUGGUCUGCAUCGGAGACUCGGGAUGUGGUAAAUCGUCGCUCACGAUCCGACUCUGCGAAGGUCGCUUCAGCCCUCAGCACGACGUCACGAUCGGAGUAGAAUUCGGUUCGAGAAUUGUACCCGUCGGUCCACCACAUUCGAAACAGUCAUCUACUACAACCACAGAUAAAGGUCUUCCCGAACCCCCGCGUGUCUCCAAUACACCGCAAAAACAUAUGAAGCUUUCACUCUGGGACACAGCAGGUCAAGAAACCUACAAAUCCGUAACCCGGUCCUACUUCCGCGGCGCCUCCGGGGCACUCCUAGUCUUCGACAUAACCCGAAAAACAACCUUCAACCACGUAACCGACUGGCUCAACGACCUACGCGCGAUCGCAGAUCCCGAUAUCGUCGUGAUCCUCGUCGGCAACAAGCUCGACCAAGCCCAAUCCGACGACUCCAACAAGCGCGAAGUAACCCACCAAGAAGCUGAAGAAUGGGCCCGUCGAAACGGUGUUUUGCAAUACGUCGAGACCUCAGCGAAAUCCGGAGAAAACGUCGAGGAGGCUUUUAUGAGAGUCGCCGAGCGCAUCUUUGAGAAUAUUAAUGCGGGGAAAUACGAUUUGAAUGACCGUCGGUCUGGUGUAAAGGGACCGGGGCCUGGAGGUGCGAAGCAAGUCAAGUUAUCCGCGGAUGCGAGUAGGGGCAUUGCGGGUGGUUGUUGUUAAUCUGCGCCUACGUGGGCACUUGAGAUUCAAACGUAACUGUCUUUGAAUUGGAAUGGGAAAAUCCCCAGACUGAACCGGAUCCAGUCCGGUCAUAUCAUAGCACUUUGAAUGAGCUUUAUGUUGAACGGUUAGUCGUCUAGGAAGAAGAUGUAUAUGAGGUUGGGUCAAGGUUCCACACACUGUACAUAAGAAAACUGCAUUCUGGAAGGCAUCGCAUACGACAUUCGAUGAUACCCUACGUAAUAAUGUCUACUUUCAAGCAUAUCAAGCAUCAAGCACACAUACGAAAGAACUUCAGAUGAACAAUUCAUCACUGUGAUUAACUACCUUCUAUACCUAACACUGUGAUUCGUGAC